AGAUCCAUUUCAUUUAGUCUUCCAAUGCCAUUGUGGCACUGCAGCCAUAUGACGUGUGUGGGGAAAUCGCAGGCAGGUACAGGCCUUACACCCUGUGCCCAGUCUGGGGAAAUCACAGGCAGGUGCAGCCCUUACACAUUGUGCCCAGUGUGGGGAAAUCGCAGGCAGGUACAGCCCUUACACACUGUGCCCAGUGUGGGGAAAUCGCAGGCAGGUACAGCCCUUACACACUGUGCCCAGUGUGGGGAAAUCACUGGCAGGUACAGCCCUUACACACUGUGCCCAGUGUGGGGAAAUCACAGGCAGGUACAGCCCUUACACACUGUGCCCAGUGUGGGGAAAUCACUGGCAGGUACAGCCCUUACACACUGUGCCCAGUGUGGGGAAAUCACAGGCAGGUACAGCCCUUACACACUGUGCCCAGUGUGGGGAAAUCGCAGGCAGGUACAGCCCUUACACACUGUGCCCAGUGUGGGGAAAUCACUGGCAGGUACAGCCCUUACACACUGUGCCCAGUGUGGGGAAAUCACUGGCAGGUACAGCCCUUACACACUGUGCCCAGUGUGGGGAAAUCACAGGCAGGUACAGCCCUUACACACUGUGCCCAGUGUGGGGAAAUCACAGGCAGGUACAGCCCCUAACGCACUGUGCCCAGUGUGGGGAAGUGACCUUGGGCCAGACAAAGACAAGAGAUAAAGAAAAUGGACUCACAUACAAAUCACUGUCCGUAGGAGUCCCCAACCCUUUUCCCACCAGAUAGACGAACGAUCCAAUGGGGUCCCUUACCCAGGACCCAGGUUUUUUUUAAUCAGACCCAAGGUUGAUCAAAUGCGUCAACAAUAUAAUCACCUGUUAGACUGAUAAAUUGCUGAGUAAUAGUGUCUCUCUCCAGGAUCAGAGUUGGGGAAUCCUGCAAUAGAUGUUUUCUUGUUUUUUUAUUAUUUGACACGACAGUUAUACACAUUAAAGUCAUAGCACAGUACACAGAGGGUUUUCUUCUCAUCGUCAUUUGUGUAAAUUUUAACCACAAGACAAACAGUUCUGAGCAAAAUCAAUACAGCCCCCUCUGCAGCGGCAGCUCAUCACAGGAGUGACUGAUUACACAACCCUGUUAUUGGAACACCGACUGGAAACAUGAAGCUUCUCCUGAUACUGUGUUUUUGGAUUUGUUUUCUGAUUGAAAAUAACAAAUGCACUCCAAAACACGAUCAGGUGUUCUCCAUCACCUCAAAAACAGAGGAGGAAGUAAGCAUCGUCAGAAACGUGUCCAGCAAUUAUGAGACGGUGCUGUGGCAGCCUGCAGCUCCUGGGUACAUCAAGCCCAAUAUGGAGGUGCACCUGUUUGUCCCUGGAUCCAGCCUGACCACUGUGAAAGAUCUACUGACCAAACACCACAUCUCACACCAGAUUCUGCUGCAUAACACCCAGGAGCUGAUAGAGAAGCAGACCCAGAGCAAUGCCUCGGACCCGCGCAGCAGUGGCUCCUACUACGAGCGCUACCACCCCCUGGAGGACAUCUAUCAUUGGAUCAAUAAAACCAAACACGAUCACCCAGAGAUGGUGGAGGUCAUUCUGAUUGGAUCCUCAUAUGAAAAGAGACCACUUCUUGUUCUAAAGCUGUCAGGGAAGGGGGGAAGUCAGCCGAAGAGAGCCAUGUGGAUAGACUGUGGGAUCCACGCCAGAGAGUGGAUCUCCCCAGCGUUCUGCCUCUGGUUUGUCAACUACGCAAUUGAUUUCUACAAUAUAGUUGCUGAUAUCACUGAAAUCCUGGACAGCAUGGAUGUCUAUGUGCUUCCUGUGAUGAACCCGGAUGGGUAUAAAUACACAUGGACCACAAACCGCAUGUGGAGAAAGAACCGCUCCUGGCACCCAGAAAAUUACUGCCCGGGAACGGACCUCAACAGAAACUUUGAUGCAAACUGGUGCACGGAGGGCUCCUCCAGUAGGGCCUGUGAUGAGACGUACUGCGGCCUGUUCCCCGAGUCGGAGCCUGAAGCAGAGGCCGUGGCUAACUUCCUGCGCAGCCACAAGCACACGGUGAAGCUGUACCUGUCCAUGCACUCCUACUCCCAGAUGCUGCUCUUCCCCUACUCCUGCUCCUACCAGGAGGCCAGCAACCACCAGGAGUUGAAUGAGCUUGCUCAAGAGGCAGCACAGAAGAUCAGGAUGUAUUACAGGAACACUUACAAAUAUGGAGCUGGAGCCAGAACUAUAUAUCUUGCCCCCGGUGGCUCUGAUGACUGGGCCUAUAAGCUGGGAAUCAAAUACUCCUUCACCUUUGAGCUGCAGGACAGGGGGCGCUACGGCUUCCUUCUGCCCCCAGAACUAAUCUCCAAAGCCUGCAACGAGGCCCUCACAGCGCUCAAGACCAUUGCCCUCGGGGUCAUCAAGAAAACCCAGUAACCCUGCCGCAAUACUCCCACUAUAACGUCCCAAACUAUUACACUACAAAACCCAGUAACCCUGCUGCAAUACUCCCACUAUAACGUCCCAAACUAUUACACUACAAAACCCAGUAACCCUGCCGUAAUACUCCUACUAUAACGUCCCAAACUAUUAGACUACAAAACCCAGUAACCCUGCCGUAAUACUCCUACUAUAACGCCCCAAACUAUUGCACUGCAAAACCCAGUAACCCUGCCGUAAUCCCCCACUAUAACGUCCCAAACUAUUACACUACAAAACCCAGUAACCCUGCCGUAAUACUCCCACUAUAACGUCCCAAGCUAUUACACUACAAAACCCAGUAACCCUGCCGUAAUACUCCUACUAUAACGCCCCAUUGAACUAUUAAACUAUGCCAUUGGCUUGAUCCUGCCAGACAUUUUAGUGUUUAACCAGUGUUGUGUUUGAUCAUUCAGAACAGAUGCUUGUCUGAUUUUUUCCCUCUUUCAAAUCAAUAAUUUCAUUGUCUUUUUGCACUAAAAUUUUAACGUAAUCCUGAAUGUGCACCCAUCCUGCAUAACGUUCACAAAUGUAGCUAUCAGCUGGAGCUGCAAUCAUUUCCCAGGUAUAUCGUAUAAAUUUAUCUAAUGAUGUGCACACCUCUAAAACCCCUUAAAGUAAUCCAGGUGAGGUGGUUUGCUUGACAGCAGUGCCCUACUUAGGAAGUGAACCUGCAAUAUCUAACGCACAGUUUCACAAAUAUUAUACUGAACUACUGCUUCAGUACACCUACAAAUGUAUUAGGCAUUUAAUAGUGAUACAAUUUAAAUAGAAUUCAACUUCAGAUACAUUUUUGAAAGUACAUAUUGCCAUGUAAUCUUGAACUACUAUGUUCUGUUCUGCUGAUCAUUUUUAACUUGUCUUAGAUAAAAACACAUGUACAAAUAUGCCAGAA